CAUUUCAAUUUCAGAUCAUUCAAGACCUUUCCAAGUUUAUAUAAUUUUCCAUCUUCACUUAAACUGGUUUUCCUUUAAAAUCAUGAGGAGGCUAGCUAGAAUGGACAGUAGGCAGAUGUCAAAGAAGGAUAAGAAGGAGGAGAUUCCAUCAGAGACUGAAAUGAUAUCCGGUGGCGUUGAGUCUCAUGCGGCACCAGCAUCAGGGCAUGGUGCGUCUGGACUUCGCAGACAGCUGAGUGUUACAAAGACCAAUGGCCUCUGCUUUCCAGGCAUGCUGGCUCAUUCGACUGCAGGAUUCAUCGGGCCCCAAGUCUCUAACGGACCACAAGCAUCGACUCUCAAUCUGCAUCCCUUCGGGAUUCUACAACUAAGCCAAAUUCUGCCACAGCCACUGCUGAAUGAUCUAGCAGUAGUGCAGAUGUAUGGGGCCUCAAUAAUUCUCAUUGUGUAUACAUAUUAGCAUAUCGUGUGUCCUAUUGACUUGUUGCUGCUACAAACUUUGUUAAAAAAAAAAUCAGUUGUUCAGUUGUUCUGCAUUAACUACUCUCUUUGGUUUCUUGAUGGAGUUUUCAGUCAUCGAUAUCCUUCUCAGGAUUAGGUUAUGCCUGCCUGAGACAUGUAUAAUCUUGGUUCCAGGUUUCCA